AUGCGUGGCUUCUUCGGGCUGCUGGGCCUUUGCAUCCUUGAGCUUGCGCUGAGCGCAGGCAUCGAUAACUCCUGCAUAGAGCCGGCGCCUGACUUCGGACUCCGCGUGCAGGAGGCCAUCAUCGGUACUUUGCUGGCAGAUAGCUUCACGUGGCACUUCCAAGGUGAGCCGCCUUCCCUCACGGAGUUGGUAUCAUCCCUUGCAGAGGAAGAGGCUCACAGUUGCCAUGGUCUGGAGCUACUCCAGGCUCUGCGGACCCUCUCUUUGCAGGGAUUCGAGUUUCAGCAUUUCUCCAGGACCUGGAGGACUUGGGCGGAGUUCGCCCACGAGUCUGAGCCGGAUCGAGGUUGGGGUCCCGGUGUCCGAGAGGCCCUGAGAAAUCUCCAGAAGGGCGCGACGCCCGAGGCCUCUGCGGGUCAUUACGUUGACCUCGAGGCUGCAGCACGCUUGCCGGCCCUGCUGCUGCUAGCAGAGCACGUGGACGAGAAUGGCCUCAUCAUUGCAUCCCAGGAGAUGCAGCGGGUCACCCACGAGAACCCCAAAGUCUUGCAAGCGGGGGAGUUUCUCCUGCGGGUGGCGCUGGAACUACUUCGCGCCCCCCAUCGGUUUUGUGCCGGCUCCCCACGCCGGGCGGCGAUGGCUGGCGCACUGCGCGCUGCGGCCGUGGGCGAUCACUUCGGAGCUUUGGUCGACGAGGUGCUGUCCGAGGCGCAAAGCCGUGCUGCGGUCAUUGCUGCCGGUGGGCUCUCGGGGAAAUUGGCUGAGAUCCACUCGGAUGAGCAGGUGCUGGGCCGACUAACCUCUAGUGGCGAGUCGCCUGGCGACGAGGUGCAAAGUGCAAAGACUUCUUUCGUACUUCCAGCCAUCCUUUGGUAUGUCCUGGCCUACGACAACCUCUCCGAGGCUCUUGCAGCUUCCGCUGCCCUUGGAGGAAGUGGUGGACCUGCCAGGGCCAUCUUUAUCGGCCUCCUCCUUGCAUGCAGGGACGGCGUGGCAGAGGAGCUGGCUGGGCAGGCUCCUCCGCCCCACUUGCCGAUCGCUUUCAGACCCGUUUUGCUCUCGGGCGCCGUUCUGAAGCUGUGCCGUCAGCCAGGUCUCUGCCAGCGAAAGUCCCGGGAGCUGAACGGCGUCGAAGCAGAAGCUGCAGUCCUCCCUCAAGAGCAAUGUGGAGCUGGUCGCCACUGCUAUCGCAUCUUCAUGCGCUUCGAUGGCUCCGGGCUUCUCGAGAAGGCCGGGCCCAAAGAGGCCCCGCCUGACUGGGACGAGGAGGAGGAUGGACCCUGGACACCCGACGAGGUGGGAGCCAACUGCGUCGCUCGAUACUUUCAGUUUAUCACGCAGAGUGGUCGCCAUGCUCCAUUUGGGCUAUGGCCGGCGGACUCGAUGUGUAAGUUCCAGCCGGAAGUGCCAGUGUGGCAUGACUCCUUCGAGGUCUCUGCGCCGGAGCCCCUGUCUGGGCUGAUCGGUGGCGCAGUUCUCCACGCAGGAGCCAAGCGCUUCGACGUGAAGAUCCCCAGCCUCUCAAUGUUGGAGCCGCAGCGUCCGGAUUGGGCCAAGCACUGCACGCACGUGGGCCGAGUGAAGCUGCCCCAGGGCGAGUGGAGCUUCGGAGCAUCAUGA